UAACACCAGGCGGUGUGGCGCAAACAUCCGCUCACGCUUCCCGGAUUAUAGAACCCGAUUAGAGCCUAAAGCAAGCACCAGGCCGAUGGCCCGGUUCGGAUGGCUUAUCUAGGCCGCCGUCUGGCUUUGUCACGGUUCUGUCCCCGGAGCCUGCUCUGGCCCAGACUCCUCUGCACUGCCGGGACCAGGAUCAUGGACGGCAUGGGUCUGCGGGUGAGCCGCUCCCCGCUGGAGCAGCUGGACUUUGACAACGUGGUUCUGCAGAGACUCCCGCUGGACCCGUCCUCCGAGCCGGGGGUCCGGCAGGUGAAGGGGUUCUGCUUCUCCGCGGUGACGCCGCAGCCGCUCACCCGGCCCCGGUUCGUGUCGGUGUCCGGGGCGGCGCUGGCGCUGCUGGGGCUGCAGGGGGAGCAGGUGCUGCAGGACUCGCUGGGGCCGGACUACCUGAGCGGAUCCCGGGUCAUGCCCGGCUCCCGGCCCGCCGCGCACUGCUACUGCGGACACCAGUUCGGGCAGUUCGCCGGCCAGCUGGGGGACGGGGCCGCCUGCUACCUGGGGGAGGUGAAGGUGCCGGCCGGACAGGACCCGGAGCUGCUCCGGGAGAACCCCAGCGGCCGCUGGGAGGUCCAGGUGAAGGGAGCCGGACUCACCCCCUACUCCAGACAAGCUGAUGGCCGCAAGGUUUUGCGCUCCAGUAUAAGAGAGUUCCUGUGCAGUGAGGCGAUGUUCUUCCUGGGAAUCCCCACCACCAGAGCCGGCUCUGUGGUUACCUCCGACAGCAGGGUCGUCCGAGACAUCCACUACAGUGGACACCCUCGCCACGAGAGAUGCUCGGUGGUGCUUCGCAUUGCCCCCACUUUCCUCAGGUUUGGAUCCUUCGAGAUCUUCAAGCCGGCUGACGAGUUCACCGGCCGCCAGGGUCCCAGCUACGGACACGAGGAAAUCCGAGGCCAGAUGAUGGAUUAUGUCAUUGAGAUGUUCUACCCUGAGAUCCAGCAGAACUACCCGGACCGGGUUGAGAGGAACGUGGCUUUCUUCAGGGAGGUGAUGCAUCGAACUGCUCGACUCGUGGCCCAGUGGCAGUGUGUGGGGUUUUGUCAUGGAGUGCUUAACACAGACAACAUGAGCAUUUUGGGACUCACGAUGGACUAUGGUCCAUACGGUUUCAUGGACAGGUUUGAUCCAGAUUUCAUUUGCAACGCAUCGGACAAUUCCGGCCGAUAUUCCUACCAGGCCCAGCCAGCUAUCUGCAGGUGGAAUCUGCUGAAGCUAGCGGAGGCUCUGGCUCCAGAGUUACCGCCGGAGCGGGCCGAGGCCGUUAUGGAUGAGUACCUGGAUCUGUUCAACCGCUUCUACCUGGAGAACAUGAGGAAGAAGCUGGGCUUGCUGAAGAAGGAGGAGCCCGAGGAUGAGAUGCUAAUCACUGAUCUGCUGCAGACAAUGCACAACACAGGUGCUGACUUCACUAACACCUUCCGCAGCUUGAGUCAGAUUUCCUGUCACAUGGAGGAAGACGCUGAAGGAGAGGACCAACUUGUCAAGAAAGCCGCAGAUCUCCUUCUUGAAGAGUGUGCAUCCUUAGAGGAGCUCAAGGCUGCCAACAAACCCACUAUGGACCCACGUGAGCUGGCGAUGCUGCUGUCUAUGGCUCAGAGCAACCCGUCGCUGUUCCAGAUGAUCUCAGACAGGGUGACGAUAGCAAGGCAGUUGGACAAACUCAGCAAGCUGAAAGACCUGAUGGAGACCAGUCAGGAGCAGCUGAAAAGCAAACAGGCUGAGGAGUGGUCGUCCUGGAUCACACGCUACAGGAAACGCCUGGCUCUUGAAGUGGAGGGUCAGGCUGAUGUGCAGGCUGUGCAGGAGGAGCGGGUGAGGGUGAUGGACGGCACCAACCCUCGCAUGGUGCUCAGGAACUACAUCGCUCAGAAUGCUAUAGAAGCUGCAGAGAGUGGGGACUUCUCUGAGGUCCAAAGGGUCCUCAAGGUUCUGGAGAAGCCUUUCUCCUCUCAGCCGGGCCUGGAGCUUCCUGCCUGGGUGGGCGCAGGGGGGUCCAUUGCACAAGGAGAGCGGGAUGAAGGAGAAGAGCAGCAGCAAGAAGCUUCCACAUCCACGGCCAGGGACCCUGUUCCCUACGACAGCAAGCCCCCGGCUUGGGCACGGGAAAUCUGUGUGACAUGAUCUUCGUAAUCGCUUCCACGGUCGUUGCUGUCCUGCCCACAAAACAGAAGUUGGACUAGAAUCCUCCCAUUUCUUAUUUGCUGUUCAACUUUCUGUUGAACUUGGCAGGAAGCAUCACGGAAGGAAGCACGAAGAGCAGCACUUCAUAGGCCAGCGAGGUGACACUAAGCAGACGGUAGAGCUGAGUGGAUAUUUCUUUCACUGCUUCAGGUGUAACUUUUAAACAAGAUUGUAUGUGUGCUCACUGAGGAUGUUUUAAAUACAAGAAGAUGUUUAGUGAAAGGAAAAAAAGAAUCCAAUACUGCUCAAUAACAGUUUAUGCAAUGGAUCUUAAGCCAGUUUUCGUUUCCUUUUUUUUUUUUUUUUUUUUAAUUUCACAGAAACAAACCUCAUCUCACCUUCUGCUUUGUGUCACUUCAGCUGUUAAUGAAGAGUCAGGCAACAAGUCCUGCAAGACCCGUCUGACUCUGAGAAACUGUGUUGUGACUCCAAACAUAUACCAAAUAAUAUAACAAUCCUGUGAGAGAGAAUUUUAAUUUUAUGCAUUUUGUGUGAAAUAGAGUGAUUUACUUUUGAUUAAAAAAAAAAAAAGAAAAAGCUGCAAAUCAUAAACACGCACUAUUUUGAUAGAUGGCAUUGACUGUCUUUGCACUACUUUAAACAUAGAGCUGCACCCAUGACUCACUCUUCUGUUACCUAAAUGUUCAAUCACCUAGUUGAGAGAAAGGAAAAGAUUUGAGGGCUGUAUUUCAUGUGAGGGGGCUUAUCGAGGUUUGAGCCAAAACCGAGGAAUUUUGAAAGAAAUCCUCUUAAUGCCAUGGGCCAGGACCACUCUGGGGUUUGGCAGACUCUUAGAAAUAUGCAAGAGUUGAUAAAUGGAAAUGCUUUGAGAUUA